AUGUUCAAACGCCAUUUCCACCUGCAUCCCGCUCUACAUUUUCAGGGCAUUGCGCCACCAAAGGCUCAGGCAGUGGAUCGCUACUUCUUCAAUGACACCUCGAAGGAAUGCCAAAAGUUCCGCUUCGCAGGCCGACUAACCCGUGGAAAUAACUUUGAAAGUGAGGCUGUUUGCCAUCAGGUCUGCCUAGCAACCCUCAACCUGCAUCCCGUGUCGGUGAAGAUCAACCGAAUGUCCACCUCCCUAGAACUGCUUGCCUCUCAACUGCAGAAAGCCGAGGAGACACCUGUUCUGCAGUUUGGAAGAAACUUUACAAGUACGUUCAUCGCUCUGUUCACCAACUAUUCAUAUUUUCCUGGGGUGGCAGACGGUACUGGUGAAUCAGCACCACAACACCACUGCCGAAGACCCUGUCACUAA